AUGCUACCACAGGUUGGUUCUUUCUUUCUUUCUUUCUUUUUCUUUUUCAUUUUUAACCAUUUUCUUUCUUCUUUUUUUCUUUUUAAAUCAUUUUCUUUCUUUUGUUUAAAUGUUUCAUUCUUUCACUUUGAGUCUUUCUUUCUUUCCAUUUUCUUUUUUCGUUCACCAUUCAAAAUGCUACCACUUUCUUUCUUUCUUUCUUUCUUAUUUAAUCCUUUUCUUUUUUUUAUCAUUCUCUUUCUUUCUUUCUUUUCAUUUUUUAAUCAGUUUCUUUCUUUCUUAAUCAUUUUCUUUCUUUCCUUUUUAACCCUGUUCUCUUCUUUUCUUGUUUUAAUCAUUUUCUUUCUUUCUUCCUUUCUUUCUUUUUUCUUCCUUUUUUUUAAUCAUUUUCUUUCUUUCUUUCUUUACAUUUUUAAACAUUUCUUUUUCUCUUUUCCUUUUUUUAAUCCUUUUCUUUCUUUCUUUCUUUCUUUUCUUCUUUCUUUCUUUCUUUCUUUCUUUCUUUCUUGUCCUUUUUUUUUCAUUUUCUCUUUAGUUCAGUCUUUCUUUUUCUUUUCUCCAUUCAAAAUGCUCUUUCUUUCUUUCUUUCUUUCUUUCUUUCUUUCUUUCUUUCUUUCUUAUUGUUACAUUCAUUCUGAAUUUAUUUCCUUUUGUGUCCAUCGAGAAAAGUUUUACCGCUCCUCCCAUCCCGAAAAGGAGAGUCCUUACUCUCCUUUCUGCUCAUUAAAUAUCCAGUUUCCUAUGAAAUAUUCCUGA